AUGUCACGGCUUACGGAAUAUUCAAAAUGGGACCACAUCGAGUGCUCCGACGACGACUGCGAAGACCUCCCGCCGAUGAUCGAUAAGGACUCGAUGGUAUUGAUUUCAUCAUUUUUGUGUUUGUGAACGGUGAAGAUAAGGACUUCAAGCACAUAAAGAUCUAUGAUGACGGACUAUGAUGAAUGAUUUUCUCUCUAGUUUUUCUUUUUCUUCCGAGACCUUCAUCAUCUUCCGAGACCCGUAACUUCCAUACAGAAAAAGUACACGAAGUCGAAGCGUGCGCAACGAGACAUCGAAGAGGAAGAUCAGAUCAAGGAGCUACGAAAAAAAGUCGACCGUGCAGAGACCGAGCUCCGACAGCUCGGUGCAGUAGGCAGAACGCAUCUCAAAGGUCAACAAUUGCAAAGGCAGCUAGAAGAAGACAAAGCGAAAUUGGCAAAACUGGAAAAAACGGCGAGUCGGCGGCUGAAUGCAGACAAGAUUAGCUCUGAGGUAUUUAUUAAGUCCGACUACGGCUAGGAGAAUAUAAUGGCAGAGAAUAUGUAUAUGGCAGUUCGAGUUAUAAGUACUUAUGUAGAGGAAACCCUUUCAUCAUCAAGAAUAUUUACCUAAAGGGAACUAGAAUUAUAUUUCACGUCUUUAUCCCACAAUCCCACAAUCGCCCAGGUCUAUUCCAAAUCCUUUGUCUCUGCAUCCGGCACCAACACUGGUCCUGUCGUGGACGACAAUGUGGAUACGGAAGUUUUCACAAAAUAUGCUACCGAAAACAGCGACAUCCUCAUGCAGUACUGCGAGAUCGGCGCGACUAAAUUAGCCAAGAAGGACGCAAUCAAACGCUCAACGGCUUUGCUAUUGGAGAAACCUGAAGUUUUGCUGACAUCCAAUGCUGAAACGUUCUGCAUGUUUCGAUGUCUGGAAUUAGAGAUGGACAGGAUAAAACUAGUGAGGAAGGACAAGGUGGAAACAACCUCUACUACUAGUACAACAACUCCAGGCGACCAAACUACAACUCCAGCAUCAUCAUCAACUCCAGCAUCAUCGUCCUCAAAAGAAAUCCAAGAACUGUCCGACAGUGUAGUGAAAAUGGCACGACAGACCCAGCUAAUUCAGCAGGCGUUGACGUUGAGCAAGAUGUUGCGCACUGGCGAUCCGAAUGCUCAGAAAGUGGAGGACUUAGUCGCGAACAAAAAAGCCAUCACCGAUAUGUUCGACCGUCUGACUAUGACCCACGACCACCCUGACGGCAAGGACCACACUGAGUUGCUAGAGUCUUUUGAGCAGCAAGUAGAUGUGUUUGUGGAGAAAAUACAAAAAAGAGCCUUGGAGAAACUUGAGGAGUUAGACGAUGAAGAGGGACGAGAGGAUGAUGAAGCCACCAAAGAAAAGAACGCAACUUCUAGUACUACCACCUCUGAACAACAAAAACCUCGACAACUAGAUCGCGCCAUAGGCCCUGAUGAGAGCGACGACGAACAACCGACCAAUACUGCUACAGCAACAGGCACAUCCUCAGGAGUAGGCAAGCAGAUCGGACCUGGAGGGUUAGAUGCACAGGAGGUUUUUGAUACGCUGCCAACGUGCUUACAGGACGCUUUUCUGGCUAAGGAUAUGGAAAAGCUGGAAAAAGCUUUUCUCUCUCUGCCUUCCGACGAAGCUCAACGACACUUAAAACGCUGUGUCGAUGGUGGAUUAUGGGUGGUGCCAGGUGGAGGAGGCACUAUGGCGGGACGUGACAGCGAUGACGAAGACUGAAAAUGUUUUCAUUUUGGCUCAAGGGAAUGAACACACACAUAAAAAUGUCCUCACGCAGUGCUGCAGCAGAAGAAACAGAGCGUUGGGUUCUCACAAGAUACAAAACAUCUUUUGUUUUUUGUUAGAAAGAUCGUUUCUUGAAUGCGCAGGCUCUCGAGAUUAUCGUGGAUUAUUCAGAUGUUGGCACAAUUCCUUUUCUUGCUUCUCACUCUUGUUGAAAGCCAUAUCCCUGAGUUUCAUGAUCGCAUUCUUUCUUAAAUACCUUCUUAUCUCUAUACCUUCUUAUUUGACAACAUCAGAGUGGGUUCCCGCUGCUAUUCUUGUUCCCUUGACGACAGCGCAGGCGACCUCCAAGACCAAGACAAGGAAUUUUCUACAACCAGACCCCAUUCUUUUUCACUUCGUUCCGCAAGCAGCUAAGUUGGUACUAC